AUUAAUUUCUUAUACUCUCUAUCCCCAUCUCUUUCACCAGUACUUUCCCGUCUUCCAAUACAUCUUUCUCUCUUUCUCUCUCUUUUUCUCUCUCACACACACUACUCUCUUUACUCUUUCAAAUUUUCCCCAAAAGCUAAAGCUUAAGCUCUCUUCUAAUGGCUGAAGAAGAAGUAGUAGUAGUAGAACACACCAUUACUACUCCGGAAGCUAAUUCUUCUGCCGCAACUGCUCAAGUUUCGUCCCCUGCAGCACACAACCUGAAAAGCUACAUGUUCUCCAUAGAUCAUGGUCAGGGUCAUGGAGGUGCCACUGGAACCCAGAAGGCCAAAGAGCCGGGUGGUUACAAAGCCUAUGGUGGGUUUGAAGAGAAACCCAGAAAGAUGGAAGUUUUUAGUUGGUGUUCUUAUGAACUGUGCUCUUACUUCGUUCUUCACGUUCUCAUCCCCAUCGUCUUCCCGCUUAUCAUCAGCCAGAUUGUGAAAUUUCCCAAGGAUGAGCCUGUUCACGGUUUUGUACAGAACACCAGGGGCUUAAACUGUUCUGCAAAAGAAAUGAAAAUCUACCAUGGACUCACAUCACCAUACAUAAACGUGAACCAUGCAAAGUACUCCGCUCUAGAAUGGACUUCAAUUUCCUGGGCCAUCGGAAUCCUCAUCGCCGCUCCGAUCCUCGGCUUCCUCUCCACCCACCUCGACCGAGGCCAUCAACCGAUCAUCGCCAUCGGAGCCACCGCCAUCGGCGCCAUCUUCUGUCUCCCAUCGGGAUUCUUCAAAACCGUCUGGAUUUUCCCACCCUACAUUGCCUUCAUAAUCGCAGCCAUCACCGUUGCCUCUGCCACUCAUACGCGCCACCUUGGCUUCAUGGUCCGCGGCUUCACCGGACCGACAAUUCAAAAAUCCCAGUUCCAAAUCCGCCGUGCAGUCUCCGGCUGGCUGUCCCUCUACGCUGCCGCCGCCGGUACGCUAGGCUGCGCCGUCAUUGCGUCGUUCACAUACCAUAUGCUCAAGGAAAAAGAGGAAUUCAUAAGUCUUUGGGUGGUUUCCAUUUACAGUGGACUAAUUUGGCUUUUAGGAAUUUUUCAUUUCUUGACCUCAAACAGGCCAACCAACAGAACCUCCAUAUCAAGAGCUCAUGCACUUUCUAUCUUCAAAUACCCUCAUGCACUCGGAAGCCUCGCCGGAGUUUUCCUCUCUUCUCUUACCACCAUGUGUAUCUUCACCGGAACGUUGCUAUACCUCGUCGGACAACUCUGUUUCUCUCCCGCUUCUUUACUUUAUUUCUGGUUAAUUUACUUCAUUUUCCCACUCGUUUUACUUCCAUUGAUGCACCCACUACAACAUGUGUUGAAGAGCGACUCCGUGAAGAUGCAAAUACUCGGUUUCGCCCUCUCGGCGAUCACCGCUGGGAUGGGAUUCUACUACAAAGGAAAGAUUUGGAGAAGAAAACAUGUAUUGGCUCUGGCUCUUUUUCAGAGCACUUCGACUGGGAUUUUGCAUGCGUUUGGUAGAGUUUUGUUGGUGGAUUGUUCGCCUUAUGGGAAAGAAGGAGCUUUCUCUACUUGGUUUGUGUUGGUGAAAGUGCUUGGAACUGGUUUGGGUUUUACGAUAGCAUCUGUUGCUCCCGGAAAUAUUGGGGUUUCAUUCGGUGUUGCUUUCUUUACGAGUGUUGUUGCCAUGGCGGUUUUGAUAUUUGGGAAUGUGAGUGAUCUUGAUGGAGCUGUUGCUGCUGGGAAUGUGGAAGAAGAUCAUGUUGUUGGUUAUGGUGAAGGUGGUGUUUCAUCAUCACCUCUUGUUCAUGGUGUUGAUAUUGCUGGAAGCAGUACUGAAAUCAAGGAGUGUUUGGAAAAAAGCGAGACACCAUAAGAAAGGGAUGUUAAUUUUCUCUUGGAAAAAACAAAGAAGGGAAAAAUUAUUGAAAUCUAAUUAUGUUUCCCUAUUUUAAUUUUAUGUUAAUGUGAAUUAUUUUCUUGUGUUUUGUAUUCUUAAUUAUAUUCUUUUAGAAGAAGAUAGUGGCUUUUUAUUUUUAUUUUUUUUAUUAGUAUGGGUUAAUGGAUGUAUUGAGAAAUUAUUUAAUUAUUCUUGUCAUCAUUGUUUUUGUUGUUUUUGUUACAAUCUAGUUUGUAUACAUGGUUUGUUUUUGUUUUUU